UUGGAACAGCACCUAUAGAACACCCAUUUAGCAUUUGACACUCGGUCGUGAGCGUGUGACAGAUAGCGCAGGCAGCCACACAAAAACACUGCUCAGUGCUCAGUGCUCUUUGCCUCGGUUUGCUACGAGUGUGUGUGGCCCCCGCUGUGGCGUGCAGUUUCGUACCAAACGGGAAGAAUACGUGCCGUGUUUUCAAGAUUCGCGUGAAACAAAUCAAAUCGUUCUUCGUAAAGUACGCGCUCAUACCCAUAACAGCGACCAUGUUUGCCCUUUGGUACUUCUCGUUAGCGAUGGACGAGCUGAGAAAACGCAUACCAAUUCUGGACAGAAUUUUUGCGUUUUUCACUGGUAAAAAUCGAACCGUACAAGCACUACCAGAAUCGACCGCUUCUGAUGAACCAAAACCGAAAGCUCCUGAACCAAAGGUAUCGGACAAGCCACCGGCGGUAGAACCGGCCAAACCUACCCCUGAACAGAAGCCCGUUCAGCCAGCUCGACCCCCGGUGGUGGUGGAACCGGUCAAGCCAGUAGUGCCCAAGCAGGAACCACCGAAGACUACCGUGCCCACGACGCCAGAAGCUCCAUCCGUUCCGGCGUCAGUGAACAAACCCGCACCGGUUGUACCAACCCCAGCAAAGCCAACACCUCCGGUUGAACCUAGCAAAGUGCCCGAACCCGUAAAGCCCGUCCCAAACAUUACCAAACCAUCGCCACCGACAGUGGAGCCAGUGGAGGUUAAACCAAAGGAUCUUCCGAAACCGGAACCAGCGGCUACUGAAGUAUCGAAACCUGCUCCAGCUCCUGUCCCAGCUCCCAAAGAACCCAUAUCCGCACCGACCCCGGCUCCCGCACCGGCACCUGCUAGGCUUGUGAAGGAAAAGAAAGAACUACCCUCCCCGACACCGAAACCGGCGGCGGCCCCAGCAGCAGUUGAGGCCCCGACCCUACCAUCCAACAACGAGGACAGCUUCAUCAUCGUAGAGCAGCAGAAACCGGCCAACAAACCGGGCCAGAAGCCAAAGGUUGAUGUUAAAAAUUCCACCAUGGACUUCCUGCAGGGCGAGAGUGGUCGCAGUGCGCCUGCCAGUGCCGUCGCGCCACCAUCAUCCAUUUCAGCCGACAGGUAACCGAAACGCAAACGCUUUAGACACUAGACACGUCGGCUGAUUCACUAGUACCGAGCAAAAAGGAGUACUACCAUGCUACUAUUCGACGGUGAAAUCUAGCUGGGCGUGUGGGAAUUGACGGAGGGAAGAUGGCUUUGCUUGCGUUCAGCCGCCUAAUGCUGAUGAGCUGCUAAAUUAUUUCACCUGUUCACCAAUGUUUGGCCCAAGCUGUUCGUUAAUCUCGUACACUGUGUAGAUGAAUUCUAGGAGGUGAAAUAUAAUGCAAGCGUAUUGU